AUGUCUUCUGCUGCCUGUAUUUUCUGCAAGAUCAUCAAGGGAGAUAUCCCUUCGUUGAAGCUCUUUGAGAGCGACAAGGUCUUCGCUUUCCUCGAUAUUCAGCCCCUGAGCCGUGGUCAUGCGGUACGUUUUCUUACGAUUCCCGGUGCCCUCUUCCCCGCAUUCGGCGUGCCCCUCGUAGCGCUUGUCAUUCCUAAGUUCCACGGAGCCAAGUUGACCGAUAUUCCCGACGAGGACCUGACUGAGAUCCUGCCCGUCGCGAAGAACAUCGCCAAGGCCACCGGCGCCGAGGAUUUCAAUAUCCUGCAGAACAAUGGACGCAUUGCGCACCAGGUCGUUGACCACGUCCACUUCCACAUGAUCCCCAAGCCCAACGAGAAGGAAGGUCUGGGCAUUGGCUGGCCUACCCAGGCCACCGAUAUGGACAAGCUCAAGGCUCUCCACGCGGAGAUCCAGUCGAAGAUGUAA